GUCCACGGGCCGUUCAGCCGCGGAGGGUCAGCCUGGCAGGGGCCGAGCGUCCCCCGCUGUGGGGAGGGGAGAGCGGAACGGACCCGGAGGCCAUGGAGGGCGAAGGGGCCCCUUCGUGGCGGGGUCCCGGCGGGGUGACCCGCGAGCUGGGCCGCUCCUUCGGGCACUACAACCGGCACCUGGCGCGGCUGCAGCACAACCUGCGCGAAACCAAGAAGUUCUUCCGCGACGUCAAGUGCUCCCAAGGGCAGCCCUUCCCUCCGGCCGCCGCCGGCGAAGGCCUCCUCGGUGGGGAUGGGGACCCCCGCGACAGCCCCGCGCCCGCCGGGCAGAAUUUCAUUUCCUUCCCUCGCCAUGAGGAAGAGCAUCUCCAGCGGACCGUGAGCUGGCACCCUUGCCUCCUGAUCCUUGGCCAGAACUGUAAUGCCAAAUGCCAGUUCCUGAACAUCCUGCUGGGGGAGAAGCUGCUCCCUACCACCAAAAUCAGCAACGAGGAGAACUGUAAGAGGCGACGGAUCCGAUUCACCCACGGGACACAAACGCGGGUCAGCCUGGCGCUGCCGGAGCAGUAUGAACUGGUCCACAUGAUGGCAGCCCACCGAGGGCACUGGGACACCAUUCCAGAGGAGGACUUGGAAAUCCGUGGGGACAGUGAAGAUCCUGCUCACCGGAUAGCAGAGCUGGAGGUCAUGCUGCCAUACUCACUGCUCAAGGAAGUGGAUGUUGUGGUAGCUCCAUGUCGAGGAUUCCAGUCUGCUGAAGCCACCUUAAGCGAGUAUGUGAACCAGGUCCUGCCUGUUGUCAUCUUUGCCAUCAGUGAGGCUGAACUUUCUCCUUCAGAUGAGGACGAGCUGCGUGAAAUCAAAGAGAAAUUCUCUUUGCCCAUUUUCUUCUUCAAAGUGCCAGAGUCGGGGGUUGAGCUGAUCUCUCCCAAAAAAACGGAUCAUGAAAAGUCCUCCCUUUACUGCCAGCUGAUGGACUUGGAGUACCUGAGCACCAACCACUGCAGCUGUGGGGCACCUGGCCCUGAUGCUGAUGCCCAGAGCAUGCUGGUGGAGCAGUUUGAGAAGCUCCGUCUCCUGAGCACUUUCUCCAGGCAGGUGCUUCAGAAGCACCUGGUGGCAGCAGCCACCAGCCUAAACGAGGUGCACUGUCGCUGCCUCAACAUCUUCAUCAACCAGGCCUUUGACAUGCAGAGGGACCUGCAGAUCACCCCCAAGAGGCUGGAGUACACCCGCAAGAAGGAGAACGAGCUCUAUGAGUCUCUGAUGAACAUUGCCAGCCGCAAGCAGGAGGAGAUGAAGGACAUGAUCAUAGAGACUCUUGGCAACAUGAAAGAGGAGCUCUUGGAGGAUGCUGCUAAUAUGGAAUUCAAAGAUAUCAUCAUUUCUGAGAAUGGGGAACCUGUUAGUUCCAAGGACAUCAAAUGUUGUAUUAAGCAAAUUCAGGAGCUGAUUAUUUCUCGAUUGAACCAAGCAGUUGCCAACAAGUUAAUUAGCUCAGUGGACUAUCUGCGAGAGAGCUUUGUGGGGACUCUGGAGAGAUGUCUGAAGAGCCUGGAGGAGUCUUGGGAGGUUUCAGUACAUCCUGCAAGGGGUUUGGAGAAGUCAAAGGAUGUUUCUGUACACAUCACAAGCAAUUAUCUCAAACAGAUCCUAAAUGCAGCCUAUCAUGUAGAAGUCACCUUCCACUCUGGCUCAACAGUAACCAGGAUGUUGUGGGAACAGAUCAAACAGAUAAUCCAGCGGAUUACGUGGGUGAGCCCACCUGCCAUCACCAGUGACUGGAAGAGGAAGGUUGCUCAGGAUGCCAUUGAGAGCCUCAGUGCCUCCAAGUUGGCCAAGAGCAUCUGCAGCCAGUUCCGGACCAGGCUGAACAGUUCCCAUGAGGCUUUUGCAGCUUCCCUACGACAGUUAGAAGAUGGCCACUCUGGCAGGCUGGAGAAGACAGAAGACCUGUGGCUGAAGGUGCGGAAGGACCACGCUCCUCGGCUCGCGCGGCUCUCGCUGGAGAGUAGGUCCCUCCAGGAUGUGCUGUUGCAUGGCAAACCAAAGCUGGGCCGUGAGCUGGGCCGAGGACAGUACGGCGUGGUCUAUCUGUGUGACAGCUGGGGAGGGCAUUUCCCAUGUGCACUGAAAUCUGUUGUUCCUCCAGAUGAGAAGCACUGGAAUGACCUUGCACUUGAGUUUCACUAUAUGAGGUCUCUGCAGACACAUGAGAGGCUCGUACAUCUCCAUGGUUCUGUGAUAGAUUAUGGCUAUGGAGGAGGCUCUUCCAUUGCUGUCCUGCUGAUCAUGGAACGGUUGCACAGAGACCUCUAUACAGGACUAAAGGCUGGACUGGAAUUGGAGACACGGUUACAAAUUGCCCUGGAUGUUGUUGAAGGCAUCCGGUAUCUUCACAGUCAGGGGCUGGUGCACCGGGAUAUCAAGCUCAAAAAUGUCUUGCUUGACAAAAAGAAUCGAGCUAAAAUCACUGACUUGGGGUUCUGCAAACCAGAAGCCAUGAUGUCUGGCAGUAUUGUAGGCACACCCAUUCAUAUGGCUCCUGAGCUCUUUACAGGAAAGUAUGAUAACUCCGUGGAUGUUUAUGCAUUUGGCAUUCUGUUUUGGUACAUUUGUUCGGGACAUGUGAAGUUACCAGAGGCUUUUGAGAGAUGUGCAAGCAAAGAUCACCUUUGGAACAAUGUGAGAAGAGGAGUUCGCCCGGAGCGUCUUCCGGUGUUUGAUGAGGAAUGCUGGCAGCUGAUGGAAGCCUGCUGGGAUGGAGACUCCUCCCAGCGCCCUCUCCUGGGGAUCGUUCAGCCCAUGCUGCAGGGGAUCAUGGACAGGCUCUGCAAGUCCAGCUCUGAGCACCCAAAUAAGGGGUUGGACGACUCUACUUGAAAAGGAAGCACAGAAGAAUUUUUAAUGGUGGGAGAAUUCUGAACCCUUAACUCUGCAGAUGGCUUCUUCAGAUGUAGCUCUUUGUGGCUAACAUGAGUGGGACAGGUAACAGCCACCAGGAGAUUGCUCAGAGAGGUGAGACCUCGGGGAUGUUCCACCUUGAACAGUGGCCAGAGAAGCCUCCUCCGGUACAACCCUUGAUGCUACUUACCCUGCUGCAACUUUUAUUAUGGAGUUGUGCAAAUAAGGUAGAAAAAUCCCCACCCUUGAACUGAAAGGGAUUUUUUUUUUUUUUUUUUGCCAAUCCCACACAAAUACCAAUCAAAGAGAAGCAUCUUGUGUGUUCCAGGCAGUGUCUGUGUUGCUAGAAGUUGAUCACGACUGUCUUUACUCAGUAAAGUAACAACUCUCCCUGUUAACUGAUGGUCUGAGGGGGCCUUGGGGCCACAAAUCCCCAGUUCCCUAUGGAUUGGCACCUGUUCCAGUGUGGUCAGAGGAGAGAGAGAAAGAGGCUCUAGGCUAGAAAGUGUUUAGAAGCUGAGAGCAUCUAUCUGUAUUAGCUUCUUGCAACACUCCAGAUGUUUACAUUGACAGGAGCAAAGCUUCCAUGUUUUACCUAAGGGGGUUUAUUUACUGUUCCACUGCAGUGCAAAUACCCCAAGUUAUAAGCUAUUUAUCUCUUAUGUACCCUUCAGCUCUUAACUUCUUUAAACAAGCUCUUUCUGGUAAUUUUGCUUCGUAAUAGUUAUUUGCAUGUCUGAAGAAACCUGACCUUUCUUUUACAGUCUUCUGGUAAAUGGGAAGACUGCUCAGAGAUCACAGAUUGGUAAUACUGAAACAUGAAGUCAUUACAACUAAUGACUGUCCAUGGGGAAAAUGCCAAUUCAUUUUAAUUAAAUUUGGGGUUUGAAUUAGUCGUAAAGGCAAUGACAGUUUUAAAUUGGGCUAGCUAUGACAGACAUGUUUUAAAAAAAAAAAGGUUUCUUCAGCUUUUUAUAAAGUCACAUGCUUGGUGAGAGCUGAUUUGAGGGAAAACAGGUCAUUCCUCCUUCAGUAGCUGUGGCUGCUUAUCUGGUCGUUUCACUCUGGGGUCUCUUUUGGCUGCAUUGAAAAGGAUAAAAAAUGAGGGGGAAGGGAAUCCUUUGCAAGGCAGGUCCUGGGCUGGUCCUGCUGCCCUCCCCAGGAGGGGAAAAGAACUUCCUUGCCUUUUGCAUUUCUGGGGCAAGAGGGGUUAAUCUGAAUGGACCAUACCCACGGGGUGGAGGCUGAAAGAGAAAAUGCACCUUGUUUAUUACUACAUGAGGACAUACUGAGUUGGCAAGUUCUCCCUGGGUUUACUGUUCCUCCCAGCUGCAGUGGCUUUGUUUCCCAGGAAUGCUGCAUCCACAGCAGUGCAGGCUUGUGGAAUCACUGCACCUUUUAGCUGGAAUUUAUUGGCUAGGGGACAGCAAAAUGACAACAGAUAGUCUGCCUGUUAAACAGCUUGAACAAAGGAAAGGGAUCCAUAACCCUGCAGUAUUAGUGUAGUUUAAAGUUUCCUUUCUUUGUGCAAUAAACAGAAUUAAUGCUUUAUAUAUUAUAUAUAUAAAAGACUUUUUUUUUUACCUGCACGUGUGGGCAUUUUCCUGGCCUGUGAUGGUUUUGCCAGUGCAGAUAGAGCCUCACCAGCUGCUCCAGCUGGAAGUGCAGCAACCCAGACCCACACAGGCAGAAGAAGGAAUACUUCACACUGCCCAUGACACUAACAGUAUUAACUCUGUUCUGCUCUGCGUGGUGGUUAGUAACCUUAUUUAACACUAGGAGAGUCAAGGUCAGUCUCUGGCAAUGAAGAGAGGUAGCUUGUGUAAAUAAUAAAUGUAUGAAUAAAAUUGAAAACUCUGUGUAUGCAAUUCCA